CACAGGACGCACUUAACCGAAGUCGCCACGAUGAAUGCCCCCCAUCAGCAAGCUGGAGUACGACCAACAACCGCAUCGACAAGUAAAAUCCAACUGCCUGUUCUGACCACCAAGACCGGGUUCAAAUUUCCCUCGAUUUUCUCAUUUCCCCCGUUCUUCACAAAGCAACCCAACCAACAAACAUGGGCCCAUCAAGCUUCACUCUGGCAACAGAUCAUCCUAUCGUACUGCAGAUACCAUCGGGUCUUCAAGCUUGACGUCUCCAAUUCUUCAACAACGCUUCUAGAGGAAUCUGAAUUGUUCAGUAAUCCAUCGAUUUCGAGACGAUUGAAUGCAGAUGCGAUAUUCUCGGUAUUUGAGAUAAUGGUCCAAUCAGGCACGGCAGAGUACUACCCAACGCGGCCAUCGAACCCCACCAAGCAGAAUCAAGGCACGAGUGCGACGGCGACGACAAGAACGUAUAUGCUGAUACACUACGAUUCACCCACGACGUGGGCCGAUCGGAUCUACGACUACAUCAGCUCGAACGGGCUAACAAACUCGGUGAUGACUCUCCAUGAGCUCACCAGUCCUGAUCACCAGCCCUCAGACCACCCUCUUGUCGGCCUCGACCCAAUCAUCCUCCGCAAGGCCCUCACUAUCUUGGUCAAGGGAGGGAAGGCUAAACUGUUUAAAGGAUCUAUCGAUGGUGUCGCUGGGGAUGGCGACGGGGUCAAGUUCUUUUGACCCCCCCCCCUCACUCAUUCUCUUCCCUUAUUAAUCUUCUUCUCCUUGUUCAAACACUCAAUGUUGCUGUAUGUAAGUUUAAUUCCCUCCCAUCGCAAUACUAGUUUGAUCAAUAACCGCAAGAAUAAUGACCCGAUCAAGUAAUCAUGUAGCUGCUUAAUCAUAUGCAUGUUGCAUUUUGGAAGUCUUACAGUGUUUUCCUUGUUGGUCAAUGUAUUUGCUCCUGAGCGAAAUUCUCAGCAAUAGCAAGCUUCUUCUGUAUGACACAACUAAGUGUGAAAAGUCAACCAGUCACCAGUAAUAUAAGAACACUGAUGAUAUUCGGAAACCGUCUUGAAUGUAAAGCUAGAGGGAUGUGAGGAUGCAUAUACAUUUGAAUAUUUG